AUGACGGAAAACAACAACCGUACUGGCGCCCACAAUGACGGCCAUAACAGCGGCCGAAACGACGGUCGCCAUGAUGACAACGGUCGUCCUCCACGAUCGCCUGAGUUGCUACCUUUCACUAAAGACGUUAUGCAGGCUACAAUGCCCGAUCGACCUCACCCGCAAAUUGAAAAAUUCGACGGAACAACAGACGCCGAACACCAUCUCCGAAAUUUCGUCGACUCCAUGGCCUUCUAUUCCAAAAGCGAUCCAGUCAAAUGCAGGGCUUUCUCCCUAUCUCUAAAAGACGAAGCCCUAGAAUGGUAUUACACUCUUCCUCCUAAUUCUAUUGACAGUUUUCAUACGGUCACCACUCUAUUCAAAAGGCAAUUUUCGGCCAACCGGAGGGAGAGGAUGUCCGCUGCCGAACUCGUCAAUCUCAAACAAGGGAGAGACGAACCGUUGAGAACAUUCAUGCGCAGAUAUUCUGAAGCGGCAAUAAGAGUAAAAGGUGUCACCCAUGAGUUCAUUAUCAACAACCUGCCCAACUAUCUCAAACUGGGGUUUGUCUCCGAGAGUCUAUAUGCUGAAUUACCGAAGACUAUGGAGGAAUUACAGGAAAAAAUGACCAAAUUCAUCAAAAUGGAAGAUCAACGACACUACCGCAAGAAAGUUGAGGCCUCCAUAAUUGAAGCUAAACGCGAUGACCAGCGAUCGCAUGACAAGGGUCGUAAUCAAAGGCCCCUGCGAAGAGGGCCUCCAGUACCACUCGGUCUCCGCUACGACCACUACGCACAUCUCACUGUUCUGAGGGAGAAAGUGUUUGAAAAAGCCCUCCAAACUAACCUGAUCACCGUUCGCAAACGACGCUCGCCCAGGGAUGCGAACGGAUCUAAAACAUGUCAGUUUCAUGAUAACCAAGGACACUCCACAGAAGGAUGUCAGAGCCUCAAAGACGAAAUCGAAAGAUUAAUCCGUGUCAGAUAUCUGCGGGAAUUUGUUAAGGCAGAGACGAGUCAACGAGGGCGCUCACCCAAAAAGAUAAGGAGAAGCCCUGAACCUUCACGCUGA